AUGCCUAUUACAUCCCCGCUGCCGUCCGUUACUCUGCCUGAGAUCGACCUCUUCUCUUUCAUAUUCGGCCGAACUGACCGAAAAUGGUCCGACGAUUUAGUAAUAAUCAAAGAUGCGGACGACCUGCAAAGGCAGUAUACUUUCAAAGAAGUUGAGCAACAUGCUGUUACUUUUGGGGCAGGCAUUCAAACCACUCUCAAUAUACAGAAAGGCGAUAUGAUUGCAGUAAUCUCUCAGAAUGAUAUCGAUGUCCUACCAAUUCUUUUUGGUACUGCAUCGAUCGGAGCAAUCUUCAGCCCAAUGAACCCAGGUCACGCCCCUGAGGAGCUCGUGAAACAGCUGCGAACUGCGGAAGCAAAACUCGUUGUGACACACUUUACCAACGUUCAUGCUAUCGCAAGGGUCUGCGCUCAGGUCGGAAUUCCGGAGUCACAUAUUCUUACCCUUGGGUCACAGACUGAAUUAAACGGGCCUAUUCAACACUGGAAAUCAAUAUGCAGAGCCACCGACAAGCGGCACUUUCAACCAGCCAAGAUCUCGCCUAAGCAGGACCCGGCUCUUCUACUAUACUCUUCUGGCACUACUGGAGUCCCAAAAGGAGUCAUUUUGACUCAUUAUAAUCUCAUCUCGAACCUCCUUAUACGAGUAGCUGCGGAGUGGGGACAGAAUCUUCCAGAUGCUCCACCUAGUGGUGAUAAGGCCCUUAUGGUGAUUCCAUUUGUCCACGCUUACGGACUCUCGUAUGUUCUACUCACCAAUUUGUACGGCGGCAUUCCAGUCGUGGUCAUGUCAAAAUUUGACUUUACCAAGUGGUGCCAAACCAUUGAAAAGGAAAAAAUUACAAUAGUGACAAUGAUUCCGACAAUGGCUUUACGACUCAUCAGAGAGCGCAUCCCAUAUGAUCUAUCGUCCGUACGAAUGGCCGUCAUUGGUGGCGCUGCAACACCAUCGGAAAUACAACAAACUUUGGCAGACCGUUACAAUAUGCCUUCCAGAUUGGGAUAUGGCCUGACUGAAGCCGGACCAGGUAUAACCGGUAAACGUUGGUGCGACUGGAAUGACGAACUUGGCUCAGGUGAUCCACUUUAUCCCAAUGUGGUAGCCAAAAUUCUGCCCUUUGAGGAUGGAGCCGGAGCGGGACCUAUCAGCGAUGAAGAGUUACCCCAAGGGACGGCUGGAGAGAUAUACAUCCAUAGUCCUGGGAACUUCAAAGGUUACUGGAAGAACCCCCAGGCAACCAAGGAGGUUUUGAGCUCCGAUGGGUGGCUACGAACUGGCGAUGUAGGAUAUUUCGAUGAAAAAGCUCGAUUCAUCCCUACCGAUCGCGCAAAAGAAUUGAUCAAGUACAAAGGCUUUCAGGUAGCUCCGGCAGAGCUUGAGGGGUUGCUAGCCACUCAUGAGUUGGUCGAAGAUGUUGCGGUUGUUGGAGCUUGGUCAGAAGAGAUCGGCUCCGAAAUUCCGGUUGCGUUCGUGGUUCCCAAAGGUGGUCUCGCGGCGACCAAAUCUUGGGAUGAUGUUGCAAUCAUGACAUGGCUAUCAGAGAAGGUUGUUAAGUACAAGAACCUGAAAGGUCUAAAGUUUAUUCAAGCAAUCCCGAGGAAUGCAAACGGAAAGGUCCUACGGAAAGUGGUGAAAGAAAUGGCAAUGAAGGAAUUUUCCUCCAAGAAUCGUGUGUUACCAGCGAAAUUGUAA